CAUUAAAAAAAUGGUCCAAAUCCAAAUCCAGAACCAGAGCAGGUGACCACAUCAGAUCCUGCAUCUUCCCCUUCAUUCACAUCUCACUCUUAAAACUCAUCUCAAUCUCACACUCAAACAACCAACAACAACACUUCUCAAAACCAAACCACAAGACACACACACACACACAGACUCAGACACACACCAGUUACACAUUUCAUCAUUCCAUAACUCUGCAUGCAAUUCCCAUCACAGAAACAGAGAAACAGCAAAACACCCCACCAAGGUUUCCUAUCUGGUUCCUCCAAAAAGCACCGAUUUUUACCCUCAAACCGCAUUGAAAACCAAGACCCAGAUGCCAGUUUGAUCAGAUCAACCUUCUCCUCAAAUGGGUACUUCCAAUUUGCUAUCUUCCAAGCGCCACGGCAAUACCACACGUCAAUGGCGGCUUCUGGACUUAAUCACCGGAGCGUUCUUCCUCUUGGUGCUUCUCUUCAUUGUUCUCGUCUUCACCACCCUCGGCGACUCCCUCGCCGCCUCCGGCCGCCGGACACUGCAUCUCUCAACCGGAGACCCGCAGCAGCGAGGCCGCAUCGUGGCGGCGAUCGAGGAAGGGAAGUGGCCCGGGAGGACCCUCGAGGCGUGUAUUGUCGAUGAUGUGGACCAUAUGCCGUGUGAGGAUCCGAGGUUGAAUAGCCAGCUCAGUAGGGAGAUGAACUACUACAGGGAGAGGCAUUGCCCAAGGCCGGAGGAUACGCCACUCUGCUUGAUUCCGCCGCCGAAGGGGUACCGGAUUUCGGUGCAGUGGCCGGAGAGUAUGCACAAGAUAUGGUACAAAAACAUGCCACACAGCAAGAUUGCUGACAGGAAAGGUCAUCAGGGAUGGAUGAAGCUAGAAGGUCAACACUUUAUAUUCCCCGGUGGUGGUACAAUGUUUCCAGAUGGAGCAGAGCAAUAUAUUGAAAAACUUGGUCAAUACAUUCCAAUUAGUGGAGGUGUUCUGAGGACUGCUCUUGACAUGGGGUGUGGGGUUGCUAGUUUUGGAGGAUAUUUACUGACUCAAAAUAUUUUGACCAUGUCUUUUGCUCCAAGAGAUUCACAUAAAUCACAAAUACAAUUUGCCCUGGAAAGAGGAAUACCAGCUUUCGUUGCUAUGCUUGGCACUCGCAGACUCCCAUUUCCUGCAUUUGGAUUUGACUUAGUUCAUUGUUCUCGGUGUUUGAUCCCAUUUACAGCCUACAAUGCAACUUAUUUCAUGGAAGUGGAUAGAUUACUUCGCCCUAGUGGAUAUUUAGUCAUCUCUGGUCCCCCUGUUCAGUGGCCUAAACAAGAGAAAGAAUGGUCCGAUCUCCAGGCUGUGGCAAAAGCCUUGUGUUAUGAACUUAUUGCUGUAGAAGGUAACACUGUGAUCUGGAAGAAGCCUGCAGAAGAUACAUGUCUUCCCAACGAAAAUGAAUUUAGUCUCGAGUUGUGUGAUCAUUCGGAUGACCCAAAUCAAGCUUGGUACUUCAAGUUGAACAAAUGUGUCAGUAGGACAUCUUCUGUCAAAGGAAAUUAUGCUAUUGGAAAGAUUUCCAAAUGGCCAGAGAGGCUAACUGCUGUACCUCCAAGAUCAGCAGUCCUGAAAAAUGGCAUUGAUGUGUAUGAGGCGGACACUGGACGCUGGUCGAGGAGGGUUGCAUACUAUAAGAAUUCUCUAAAUAUUAAAUUGGGGACUCGAUCUGUUCGCAAUGUCAUGGACCUGAAUGCAUUAUUUGGGGGUUUUGCAGCAGCCUUAAAAUCUGAUCCUGUCUGGGUAAUGAAUGUUGUUCCAGCUCAAAAGCCACCCACUCUUGAUGUGAUAUAUGACAGAGGCCUUAUUGGAGUCUAUCAUGAUUGGUGUGAACCUUUUUCGACAUACCCUCGUAGUUAUGAUCUGAUCCAUGUGGACAGCAUUGAUUCACUAGUAAAAGAUCCAGAUUCUGGUAAAAGCAGAUGUAGUAUUGUGGAUUUGAUGGUGGAAAUUGAUCGAAUGUUGCGCCCGGAGGGAACUGUUGUGGUGAGGGAUACCCCUGAAGUAAUUAACAAAGUAGCUUCCAUUGCUCGUGCAGUUAGGUGGAAGCCUAUCAUUCAUGAUAAAGAACCGGACUCACAUGGCAGGGAAAAAAUUCUAGUUGCUACCAAGACAUUCUGGAAGCUCUAAUUAUCAUCCCAGGGACACAGGGCUGUGUAAUUCAGGUAAAGUUCCACUUUUUGUGUAUGAGGGAAUGGGAAGUCUAAGAUAUCUUCUCUAUGCUAACUUGUUCAAUAUAGUAAAGUUAGGAUUUGAAAAGGAUGUUAAAAAUUGUGCAGUUUUAUGUGGAAAGCACAAGUCAAUGUUCAUUGUAUUUUGUUAUAGCUUUGAGGAUGAAUUGUAAUUCACAACUUUCAUUUAUCACUUCUUUAUUUAUUAAAAGAAGAUUCAUCACUGA